UGAAUGGAGCACUGUUCUCAGUUUCAGAUUCUUUGUGCAGCUGCCUUCAGAGUAUACUCUCUGGGGAUCUAUCUUCUUUCAGUUCUUUAAAUGUGGGAUCAUGCAAACAAAGGUGUUUUUAAUAGUCUUCUGAUCUAAAUUCUGGUUUCUGAGUAACCCCAGCCAUUUCCCCCCACUUUGAACUGUGACCAGGGAGAGUGCUGCUCCCCACCCCCACUCCUGGGGCUACAAGCACUCCUGUCUGCUAGCACUCCUCCACCGUGAGAUCUCCCCCACAGACAGGGAUCAGUUUCUGAAUAUGAGCAAUGCAACAGGAGAAUUGCCUUCAUUGUCAGCAAAGGGAUUCUUGUAAUCUCCUUCUGAGCAACUGUCUGAUCUCUCACCCCCUUAUUGACUGGGGAUGAAUGCUCCAGAAGCCUUUCCUGUUGUUUCAGUUGUGGACAAGUCCUUUUGGCUUGAUGCGGUCUGCCCUAGUGCACUGUGCUCUACUUCCACCUCCACCUCUGUACACAUCAUCUGUCCUGCAGGUCUUCAAAGUCAUUUUGUGCUGGAAAAUCAUUUGUUUGUCUUUUUUUGUGUGAUAUACUCUUCCAGAAUUCAUUUUAGGACAUUGUAUCAGGUUUUUGGGUACAAUUUGAAUAGAUAUCAGAUGAGGGAUGUGUAUCUUCUCCACCAUCUUGACUCUGCCCUUGGCUUCUAUUCUUAUAAAUUUGAAUUAUUGGAAAUUGGAAAUGAGACCCUUAUCAGAAGAAUAUGAAGCAAAGAUUUUUUCACUCCAGUAACCCGAUUCCCUUCUCAUUUUACUUACAUUGGUUUUGUUUUGGAGGAAAAAAACUAAUUUUAAAUUUGCAACACGUGGUCCAUUUAAACUUGCUGUCCUACCUAUCCCUCAUGUGAACAUGAACUGUCCCUCUGUCCAUUAAAAUGAAAGAUAGAAUUUUCCUGAUAACUUUCAUUUCUUUAUAUCACCUUUUAGGUAGCUAACUCAUAUACCCAUUUGGAGUUUACUUUGUUAUGCCAAGCAAGAUAUCAGUCUAUCCCUAGUUUCUCUUGGACUAAUUUUCAGUAUUACAAGCAAUUUUUGUCAAGUAAUGAGUUCGUACUCUUGAAACUGGAUUAACCUCAUUUUACAUGUGAGGAAACUAAGGCAAAAACAUAGGAUAUGGCAGGGCCAUGAUUUGAACACAAGUCUUCUGACUCCCAAGUCCACAAUUUUUAAUACUGCCAGGAAAAAGUAUAGUAGAGGUAUCCUCAGUUUUCCUCUGAGGAAGAACUAGAACAGGGCCACCUGGAAUAAUGGUCAUAAUCAUGAUAAUUGUCACCACAAUAACUAGCAUUUAAGAGAUCUUCAAGAUUUACAAAGCAUUUUCUCUCAUUUGAAUAACAUUUGUAAGGCUCAGACAAUUGGGUAUCUUUCCCUUCUGUACACCAACUUGAAGACCUUCACCCUCAACUUCACCAUCACCAACAUGUUUUACACAACAACGAUGAGUCAAAGGCGUUCCAACACAUUCCGUGCUACUGAAUUUAUCCUGCAGCACCUGUUCAAGGUAUUGUUUGAAAGAAGCAGCCUUGGCUCUCAGUAUUCUGGAUGCAGUGUGACCUUGCUGAGGUCUAUGAAUAAUGGGAAAGCAACAGGAGUGGAGGUUAUAUGUUCUUAUCAGGAAGUUUUAUCCAUCCCUGUCUUGGACAAAAAGAAGAUUUACCAAGAGCUGAGUCUACAGACUAAUGGAAUAACAAAGUUGGGAUCUUAUAUUCUAGAUAAUGAAAGCCUCUAUGUGGACGGGUAUAACCCCCAGAUGCCAACCCUCUCCACAAACAGGCCCAGUGCAGAAAGCAAGGGCAGGAUAAGGACCACAGAUAGAGAGCCAGAGACCAUAAUGACUACAACUUGUAGCCCUGCAGUAAGAACACACGCUGUUCUGGCAACAACAACAAACCCAACCACUACGUCUGGUAUUUCUGGUUUGGAAAAAAUCACUGUGCCUGCUUCCUCUGCCUUGCCAGAGACUAUGGUAGCACCAACUGCCUGGUCUGGAGUGGAGAUGAGCCCAUCUGAAUCUAUGCUCAUUGCAGAGAUCUCAACCACCCUACCUGGGGAUGGGACAGGAGAAGGUGUUCCUUCCUACCCAGCUACCGUUGACCCCACAGCAUCAACCACAUUCUUCCCCUGGACCAAUGUGCCUCCAGCAGGGUCUAUAAGCUCCUCAGCCACAAGUCUUUCCAGUGUCAGUAGAGAAGAUCCAAAGCCAAUUCUCUCUCUGGACACAUCUGCUUCAGAGAUCACAUCCAUGGCUACUGCAAGGGAAGGGCUGGCCCUAACUGAGUCCACAGCCACAAUGGAAAUCAGUCGAGGAGCUGAGGCUGAGAUUCUGUCCACAAGUGGUUUGCCCAACAUCUCAGCUUCCCCUCUCAUUCCCAAAGAUAAAAUAUCCACCUGGGCUACCAUGAACACUAUUGCAGACACUGGUAAGAACACUUCCUUCAUUAUCUUUCCUGCUGGAACAUGGGGUUAUAUGUUAGUGAAAUAUAGAGAGGAAAACAGUCAUCGCAGUUAUAGACAUGUCCAUGGAAGUCAACCUUGCCUUUAUCCCUUAAUGACUCAUGAAGGGUGUGUGAUACAGUAGAAAGAACAUGCAUUCAUGCCAGAGGACCUGGGUUCAAAUCCUAGAUCUGAUAUUUUCUUUCCAUACAGGGAAGAUUGAUCAGGAAAGACAGAUAAUAAGGAUGGAGCUUUUAAGGGAUGGAGAAGAUAAGCCUUUGUUUAUAAUUCUGAUGACAAAUUCAUUUGGCAGUUGUCAACAAGACACCUCCUGGUACUUUGUGGAUAGGAUUGAGAACAUGUCAAGGGCUAGAGUUAUUAUCAAUCCAUUCAUACCUGCACUGGACAGAUCAAUAAUAGCUAACACAUAUAAGGCCUAUAAUAUUAAGGGACUAAAAGAGAGACCCAUGUGGAGGUUCCAACAAGAAUAUUCAGAAGGUGUUGAAGCUUAAGGAAUCAAGAGUAGGUCAUCUGACAUUUAUCUAAAAUUCUUUCUAUGGGAUGCAAAAAUUAACACCCUUUCCCAGAGUUCAUGAUGGAUU